ACACAAUCAUUAUUGUUUUUAGUUGAACAUGGAUGAUAAUGAUGACGAAUUUGAUAUUGAAAUGGAAUUGGAUACGGAUAUGGAUCUUAUCCUUGCUGCUAUGGAUAAGGUAGAAGAAACACAAGCAAAAUCUUUGAAUCUCAACAACAAUAAACGCGGAGAAACUUCUGCCAUUCUUCAAGAUAAUAAUGAUAUUAGCGACGAAGAUAUGGACGAUGACUUUGGAGCUAUUGAUGUGGAUGCUUUGGUGCAAGCUGCUGAAACAGUCGAAAAACAAAAGGCAACUGGAAACAAAAAGGGUACCAACUCACAAUCAUCUCUUGCAACGUACUUUACGCGACCUUUUUCAACAAGUAAUAUUCAGGGAACAACAACAAUGGCUGGACCAAGUAGAUCAAACAAUAGAACGACAAACAAUGAUACCAAUGAAUCUUCUGAAGGAUCGAAUUCAAGAAUAACUUUUGGAUUACCGGACGAUAUGAGAGAUCCAAUUCCACCUCCACCUCCACCAACAAGUGUACGAACAUAUCACCCUUUUGACAGAACAAACAUCACUACUUGGAUUUAUCCUACCAACAAUCAGAUGCGUGGAUACCAAUUCAACAUUGUCAGAAAAGCACUCUUUAGCAAUACUUUGGUAUCAAUUCCUACUGGCUUGGGAAAGACUUUUAUUGCUGCUGUUAUUAUGUACAACUAUUAUCGAUGGUUUCCCAAUUCAAUCAUUAUCUUUUUAGCACCAACAAGACCACUAGUAGAACAACAAGUCAAAGCAUGUCAUGAUGUAUGUGGAAUCCCUCAGAAAGAUGUAGUCAUGAUGGUUGGAUCAGUAGGAAAAAACAAGCGACCGGAACAAUGGGCAAAAGGACGUGUAUUCUUUUGUACACCUCAGGUAGUUGACAAUGAUCUUUCAAAUGGAAUCUGUCCUGCGCACAAAGUAUCCUUAGUAGUGAUUGACGAAGCUCAUCGUGCAACUGGCAAUUAUGCAUAUACCAACGUGAUUGAAAAACUAGGGCGUAUUCAUUCACAUUUUCGUGUCCUCGCACUCUCAGCUACUCCUGGUUCAGCAAUCGACAAGGUACAGGCGGUGGUGACUAAUCUACGUAUCAAUAACAUUGAAGUCAGAACUGAAGAAUCUAUGGAUGUGCAAGAAUUCUCUUUUGGAAAGCGUGUUCAAACGGUGGUUAUCAAAUUGGCAUAUACGGCUGGGGCUACUGGAAUUGUACCACGGACGGCGGAUUUCUUUUGUCAACAAUUUUUUCGACCAGUUUUGGAUCGUUUACACAAAUACAAGGCUAUUUAUGAUCCCUCUCCUGAUGCAUGUAGUCAUUUCAUGCUCAUGUCAGAACGAAAACGAUAUCAAAUCAACGCUAAAAACGUUACUCCUGCGGUGAAAGCGAUGGUCUAUCUUGAUUUCAUAUUAGCUGAAAAUCUUAGUCGUGCUUAUGAAGGCCUUUGUGUUUAUGGUGUAGCUACUUUUGUGGAUAUUAUGGAUCGACUCUUUCAAGAUAUACGCUCGAAAAUUGACAAUGGAAAAAACAUACCCAAGGAACAUUACAAGCUUCUGAAUCAUUUUGGAUUGAAUCAGCAACUAGAUCGAUUACGCCAGGAAAUGGAACGAUCAGAAUUCAUUGGACACCCAAAAUUGGAAAAACUACUCGAUAUCAUACUUCAUCAUCUGAAUCAAUCUCAACAACAACAUGAAAACAACAAUGAAAGUAACACUUCUUCAACCAGGAUUAUUGUAUUUUCAAGUCUACGCAUAUCAGUCAAAAUGAUUGUCGAUUUUUUAUCCAUCCAUGAACCAAUGAUAAGGUGUACACAAUUUGUUGGUCAAGCUGACGAUGCAAACGGGAUGAAAGGAAUGAAUCAACGUGAUCAACAACAGGCAAUCGAGCGGUUCAAGAAAGGUGAAAUUAACGUGAUGGUUGCUACUAGUAUUGGUGAAGAAGGUCUUGAUAUUGGUGAAGUCGAUUUGAUUAUUUGUUAUGAUUCUCAAAGCUCCUCUAUUCGAUUGCUUCAACGGAUGGGACGAACAGGUCGAAGAAGAAAAGGUCAUUGUGUUAUGCUUAUGACCGAACAAGAAGAACGAAAAUUCAACAAGGCAAAUGAAAAAUAUAAGUACAUUCAAAAUGCUAUUACAAAGCAUGGUGUCAUUCAAUGUUUUCCUUCCAACCCAUCAAUCAUUCCUGACAAUUACCAACCAGUAUUACAACGAAAACAUCUCACUAUCACUAAUUAUCUGUCAAAUCUUGUUACUGGAAAGAAAAGGCGUCGUCAAGGUGACAAGUUCUCAUCAUUCAAAAAGGACGGUACCCUAACUGAAGAAGGUCUUGAAACAUUUUUGGCUUCUUUUCCCAAUGGCGGUUGCUCUUCCAUUCAUCAAGCUCAUGGUCAAUUCUGGCCAGCAGUCUCAGUUUUGAAACAUGCAAGUAAAUACCUCUCACUUCAAAAGCAUCGAACUCCAAUAAAACGUGUGGGUCAUUCUCAUAGAACAGCACAAUUUAUCGAAUUGAUACGGAAAAUGGAGCAUCAAAUUUUAUACGGCAAUGAUGAAGACAAACAAGAAGAAGAAAUGUUAAACUCAUCUGAUCAUACUGGUUUUCCUGCUAUUGUCAUCAGCACACCAGAUCAAUCAAACGUAUUGAAAAUGCCAAGACGAAGAAAUAUGACCAGUGAUACUGAAUCUGAUCAAGCAAAUCAACGACAACAAUCCAACAUGUUCAACAUACCUCAACGAAGAAAACCAACUGACUCUGACAACAGUGAUACAUCCAACCUACUAAAUCAGCAAAAUCAUCAUCUCCAGGAUAGUACUGAUCUCACUUUGGACGACGACAAUAUGCAACUAUUGACGAAAGGCAUACAUUCAGAAGAUUCUGUGAAUGAUGGUGAUAAUCCGGACCACUUUUUGGAAGAGGUAGAUGAAUAUUCAAGUAUGAUGGGGCCAUUGAUUACAAAGGGUGUUAUGGGCGGCGACGAUGAUGAUGGAUAUGACAUUGGCGGAUUCUCGUACGAUUUUGAUAGCAACACUACGACAAACGUUCCAUAUUCUUCAUCUCAUAACAACGACAGCAACAACGUCAUACUUUCUGAUGUAGCACCAUUCCACUCAGCAAAAUCUGAUCAACAAAAAACUGACAAGAACACAAAUGCAUCUACUAUUCCUAUGGAAUCACCAACUAGGAUCGCUGACAAAGGUGAUGAUGACGAUGAUGAUGAUGACGAUGAAUUUGGGAGUUUUGAUAUGGAUCUAUGGGAUGAAGUGAAUGAAGAUAUGUUGAUCGCGAAAAACAAAGUGGAUGGCGGAUCUGAUUACAAACACUGUAUGGCAACUUUGCAGUUCAACUUACCAACACCUGAAGUACCUAACGACCUGGUCACUGCUUCAACAUUUCUUUUUGAUGAUGAUCUGCCCCCUUUAGUAUCUGUGAUUGAACAUGAUGAUCCAACAACAAUGGCAACAACAUUUUUACGUGAUUUUACAUGGUCAUCGACACAACCAAUAUUCAGUGAAAAAGCUCGACAGCUCCUAUGGAAAAGGAUAGGAAACACCAGUAACCGUUGGCUCUCAGUUAUCAAGGAUGAUGGAAAUGACUUCUCAAUGAUUGGAACUUCACCUUUUUCGGAAACAAUGUCGUCACACAUAUUGAAUUUGGACCAACCUGAAUUAGACGAUGAUUUUGUUAUGGAUGAUUUUGGAAAUAAGACGAUCGACUUGAUGUCACAGGAUGAAAGACAAGCCUUAAAGUCUCCACAACAUGAUGAUGACCAGAACAAUGAAAUACCACAACAUCAGGAAAAUCUUACUGCCCAGUCAAAUAUUGUAAAUACACUUAUGGACCCAGUUCCGAAUAAUCAUGUACAUAUACCUCAUCAAGACGAAGCAAUAUCAAACAAAGUAUUGACUACUGUGUCUAAUAUUCCAGCAGAAAAAGAACAACAAGAAGAAGAUGAAGCAUUCGAAAUGCACGAUGACAACGUUUAUUCAUGGGAAAUCAACGAUGAUAUGCUCGAUCGUUCAACACUGCAACAUGAACAUAACAAAAAGAAGGAUCAGCUUUCACCCUCGACAUCAUCACCGAUAUUGAUAUCUGAUACAACACCACAACAAGCACAUCAAGAAGAAAAUGAUAAGAUCAAAGAUUCACCUUCUCAUCUUCUAAAUGACACUCCACAACGAUCUUUGUUGACAAAUACUCCCAAUGAAUGCCGAAUACCAAAAAGCUCUGAUCGAGAAAGCGAAUGUUCACCAAUUCUACAACGAAAACGAUCACGACGAAAACUUGUUAUCCAGGAUACGGAUGAUGAAGAUGGGUUCAAUAGACGACAUCAGAAUAACGAAGAUGAUAACGACGACAAUGACGAUGAUAACCUAGAUUUAUCAAUGAACAGUAUCUCACCUGCCGAUAAUGAACGCAACGAAGAACAACACACGGUUUCAGAUCAUGUUAUUAGGCGUAAGGCACGGCAACCAACAUCAAGAUCAAAGGACUGGACAGCAAAUCCAUUUUUGGAUGUGGAGGCGGCAAGAAGCGAUGAUGGAGAGGAUACCGAUGACGAAGACGACAGCCGGGUGGAAAACCAAAGCAUGAUGAACUCAUUUAUUUAUGAUGGAAGCUCAGAAUUAGGACCAGACGGAUCAAUGGUUCUUCAGCAGAACGGAGGACAAACUGAUCAAUUCUACUGUAAAAAAACCGACAUGUCGAUGUAUCGUACCAGUCUUCUUCAACAGGAUGUGGCAAUGGCACAUGGAGCUCCACCUAUCUUUGAAAAGGAUUACCGUAGGAAAACUUGGUUGGACAAGAUGGAAACUGACAAAUGGGAACAAGUCGCCGCUGAUGAUGAUGAUGAUGAUAAUACUUCCGAAAAGGAUGACAAUGAAUUCUUUGAUGCUCAAGACACAAUUUUAGAUGAUGGUGUGGAUGAUAGUGAAGAAAGCGAAGAUAUCAGCAAUUUUACAAAUGCUAGCGAUGAUUUUAUGUAGAUCAACUUUGUUUAUUCAUAUUGUAUAGUAUAAUGUAGUGUAGUCAAUAUAUUUAUUUAGAUAUUUCUAAUUUAGUCCC